CGCCUGGGCAAUUUUGACGGUUACCGACAAAAUACCCGUCGAAAUUGGCGCCUUUUGUGGGCGUCCGGCUGCGAAUGCAACCCACCGUUUGGCUGUUUAUUAUUGCCGUUUUAAUUGCUGGGAUAUUUACGCGAGACGCAGACUUAAUAUCAACGAAACAGAAAGUGUGUGAAGCAGGACUGUUGGCGACAAACGCACGGAAUUUGGCGCCCAAGCGAGGAACACGAGGCGGCAGAUUCCGUUCCCAUCGUGGAAGGCGAGGCUUACGGCGAAGUGCAACUGGAGCAGAGAGGAGGUUUCCUGGAUCAACUCGAAGAGCACAGGCGUCACAGCAUGAAGUUGAGUACCAACGCCACUGGUGGCGAACUUGGGGUUCAUUGCAAGCGAUUGGGGAAGGAAAAGUGCAACGAAAUUUCACCGGACUGACCAAGGUUCCUGUGGCCCUGGUACCGUCCUAUGGAGAGUCAAUUUCAACGAAAGAACCCAGGUUAAAUCUGGAAGAACUUGAGAUGGCGACACCCCGCUACCAGCUGAUCACCGAAGUAUGGCAGUUCGGUCGCGGUGGCGUUCUCUGCUGUUCGCCAGACCAGGCCUGUGUCACUGACCUUCUCAAAUGUACUGCGUUCGCCUUACGUCCGGGGCCGGGAAUGCCGGUUUUCAGUUGCCGACCAGGGCUCGCCCUAGUCGGCUAGUCGUCCCACUGAGUCGGGGCCCCUGGAGUGUUUUCUUCGCAAUGGAGUCAACACCUUGCCCGUGGCGAUCGUUCCCACAGACGGUGGAUCCACUGGGCUGGCCGAAUCAGAAGUUUUCCAGGAGGAGCUGAGCGGUAUAACCGAGCACUCCAUUGACAUCUCGGAGGCAAGGCGUUUCGGCAAGACAGGCAUUCUGUGUAAGUCAUCUAAUGUUCAUUGCAUCAAUGAUUUGCUUAACUGGACCAGAUUCGCUAGCAUUGCGGUUCGUGCUUUCAUGCCUCCCCAUCUCCCAUGCGUGAAGGACAUUGUUCAUGGGGUACCCGCCGAUAUCCCUCCUGAGGCACUCUUGAGGCUGCUCCCUCCGGUUGGUGUCGCUUCUGUUUAGAGAUGUAUUAGGGCAGUGGGUGAUAAUCGAGUUCCAAGUGAGAGCGUUAUCGUCUCGUUCGCCGAUUUAACGCGCCCGUCUGGAGUGAAGGCUUGGCCGUAUUUGUUUCGCCUACAGAGCCUGACUCCUAGACCACUGCAGUGCCGAAAUUGCGGGAGACCUGGGCACAAUGCUAAUGUCUACGAUCUUCAAUGAGAUGCUAUAAUUGUGAGCGCUCUCACUCCACAUCAGCCUGAGACGUAGAUGCAUCCGGAUGUUGCUUAUACGAGGAUACUCGUAGUGCUGCAGAUAAUACCUGCCGCACGCGAGGCCGUGAUGCAGGUGAUUUAGAUCACGGAAAAACAUCACUGUUCCCGCGCGGAAGCGAUAGCAGCGAUUAAAGAGCGUGAAGUCGGUUACGCAGCCACUGCAUCCGGUCUGUUCACAUCCCUAGAAUCCCCAGUUGCAUCA